AGUUCACAACAAACGGUAAAACAAUAAUCGAUAUCGAUAGAUAAUCAAUCUUUGACAAUAUGGAAAAUCCAUAAAAAGUGAGGCAUAUGCUCUAUGCGCGUUUGACCUCUGAGUUGGUCAUUUCCAAUUCUCGCAAGGUAUAAUGAUGGGAUACAACAAUUACAGUAUAUCAAGAGUUUUAUAUGGAUCUUUGACAAAACACAGUCGGACGCCAAAGCAGAAUAAUGCAACGAAAGUUUUAUUGAGUUUAAAGAGACAGAUAAGCAGUCAGUCUUUUUAUGAAAAAUAUUUUGGCAGUUUGAAUAAGUUGGAGAGAAUCAGGGACCUAUUUGAUAAAGAUGCAAAAUUAGAAAAUGUUGCAAAAGACCUUCUUCCAUAUUCGGAAGAUAGGUAUCGCGGCAUUCAUGUCGUUAUCAACAGAGAAAAGAAAUGCGAUCCUAAAUACCACAACCAUAUGUUGAAAAUACUUGACGAUUCGAUCGCAGAGUGGAAGUUGAAAGGCAAAACUGCAGUUUGGAUUCAUGUGCCGAUAGAAAAAAGUGCUAUUAUACCGUCUAUACUUUAUCAUGGAUUCAAAUUUCAUCAUGCAGAAGAUGAAUAUUCCUCUUUAUCUUUGUGGCUUCAUCAGGAUGUCGAAACAAGAAUACCAAUCGCGGCGUCGCAUCAGGUCGGUGUUGGAGGAUGCUGUAUCGAUGAUUCGGGACGUAUGUUAGUAAUACAAGAGAAAAGAAGGCCGGUGAAAGUUUGGAAAAUCCCGGGAGGUUUCUCUUAUCUUGGAGAAAAUUUUGAUAAUACGGCGAAAAGAGAAGUUUUUGAAGAAACGGGCAUUGAGACUGAAUACCAAUCAAUAAUCGGAUUUCGACAAAAGCAUAAUUUUCCGGGAGCAUUUGGCAAAUCAGAUUUAUAUGUAAUUUGUAGAUUGACGCCAAUUACGUUCAAGAUCAGACCCUGUCCAAGAGAGGUUCAAGAAUGCAAGUGGAUCGAUAUUGAAGAACUUAGUAACCGUGAUGACUUGACACCAUUAACUGCUGGAGUAGUAAAAGUAGCUCUUCACGGGUGGAAAAACGGAUUCAAAGAAAUUGAUAUUGUGACGUCACUAGUAAAAGAAACAGAUGAUUUGUUGUAUCAUCGUUUUGUUAAUAAUUUAUGAGAUGAAAAUCUGAUUAUAUAACUUUGAUGUAAAAAAGAAUGAAUAAAAGCGAUUGUAGAAUUAUAUAAAUGAACUAGAAGUUUGCAUGUGA